UAGAGCGUUCGAGCGACAAAGAAGCCAAAAUCAGAGCAGAGUGGGAGAGGACACGACUUAAAUCAUGGAAGAUUCGGAUAUGAGGAUUGUCCUUCUUGGAAAAACUGGAGCUGGGAAAAGCAGCUUGGCCAACACCAUAUGUGGAGAGAAUCUGUUCCCAGUAAACCAUUCUUUUAACUCAGAAACCAAAAGGUGUGUAGCUAAAACUAAAGGUAUCAAUGGAAGAAGAAUCACUUUGGUUGACACUCCUGGGUUCUUCGACACUGACAUGUCUGAGCCUGAUCUGAAGUCUGAGAUAGUGAGGUGCAUCACAGAAUGUGCUCCUGGGCCUCAUGCUUUUCUCAUUGUGCUUAAGCUGGAAAGGUUCACAGAGCAGGAGCAGGCUGUCAUCAAACAUAUAAGCAAAUACCUCUCUGAUGAUGCUUUAAAAUAUGCUGCAGUGGUCUUCACUUAUGGAGAUCAGCUCCCUGAAGGGCAGCAAAUUGAUGAGCUUGUUGAGCAGAACAAGCUUUUAAGUGAGCUGGUGAAAAAAUGUGGCAAACGGUGCCACAUCGUUGAUAAUAAACACUGGAACAAUAAACCUGAGGAUGAGUACAAGAGCAACCGGUUUCAGGUAGAAGAGCUUCUAAACACCAUAAGCACAAUGGUGACGGCAAAUAAUGGCAGAUACUACAGUAAUGAUUUGCUGCAACUAGUAGAGGAAGAAAUAGAGGAAGAGGAAGAGCACAUUAGGCUGCUCCAAGGAAACCUGUCAGAAGAUGAGAUCAGACAGCAGGCUAAAGUUAAAUUCUUUAAAAAACUCCUAAUCAAAUUAACAGGUAUUGGAACAGGUGCAUUGUUAGGUGCUUUUUUUGGUGUUGUAGUGAUGGGUGGAAUAAUUCUCACAGGUUUAAAAACUUCUCCAGAGCCAGUGCAGCUACGAGAAGCUACAGGAAAGACAGCAUUUGCUGUAGGAGGUGGGUUACUUGGACUAGGAGCAGCAGCAGUAGGAGGAGGAGGAGGGAUAGUAGCAGUAGGAGGAGGACCAACAUUAGGAUUCGCUGCAGCAGGAGCACUGAGAGGUGGUUUUAUAGGGUACAAUGCAGCUAAAAGAGCAGAAACACCACUGGAAGCAGCAAAAAUGGCUGCAGAUGCAGUCAAGCAAAAAGCCCAGAUUAUCUUAAAUAAAGCCAACACGUUUUGGAACAAAUUUGUGGAGACAAAUACCAAAACACCUGAGAAAGCUGUGAAGAAUUCUUCAUUAAAAAGAAGCAUGUCUUUGUAGAUGUCUCUAAAGCAGGGGUGCCCAAGUCCAGUACUCAAGAUCUGCUGUCCUGCAAAUUUUAGAUGCAUGACUUCUACAAUACACCUGAAUGAAAUAGAUGAAUUUCUUCACCCACAUGUCUUCCAGCUUUGUAGAGGCCUGGUAACGAGCCAUUAAUUUGAUUUUGGUGUGUUGGAGAAGGGAUGAAUCUAAAAGUGGCAGGGUGGUAGAUCUCGAGAACUAGACUUGGACACCCUUGCACUAAAACAAAUAUAAACAUUACAACUGUAGCAUUUGUCUAUAUAAUAUACUUUGUAAAUAUUUAUUAUUAAUGCAAUAUUAGGGUAUUGGGAACAAUUUAUUUAUUUAUUUAUUUUUACCUGUCCUGUUCAGCAUCAUAGUAAGCCGAAUCAUUGCUGUCCUAUGUAAUCUUGCUGGAUCUGACCAGAGAGGACAGAAAAAGGAGGAAGACAGUAAAAAGAAGCAAAAAGAAAAGCAAAAAGAAGAAAGAGGAGACAAAAAUAUAAGAGAUGGAAGGCAACAACCCUUCAAUCCAAAUUAUUACCAGACAACCAACUUCUACACUUUUACAGAAACACACCAUAGAGUUUCCUACAGCUUUUACAAAAAAACUGAGCUGACAGUGAACAAGAGAUCCUACUUACAGCAAAAAAAAAAAAAAAAAACAAACAAACAGAAGUAUAUCUCUUAGUGUAUAAACUAACUGGACAACUCAGGGAGUUUGUCAGCAUGCAGAGUAUGAGGAAUGAAGAGUGAUCAGUGAUGAGGAGUGGUGAGUGUUAUUGUGCACAUGCAACCACACCUCUACAGAGCCUGGAGACAAACUAAGGCGGCUCAGAGACCUGGGUCUUCAGCAGCAAUCCCGGAGCACGAACCCAAGCACCCCCAAGAAGACUCCAGACCCACCCAGUGGGUGGCAGAUGAAAGCGCCAGCCAGAGCUCCCGCAGUCAUGGGGCACAGGCCUUGGAAGGGCAAGUGUGAGUAGUGAGUGUGACCGUGCAAAUGCGACCAUGCCUCUACAGAGGCUAGAGGCAAACAAGGGUGGCCCAGAGACCCGGGCCAUCAGCAGCAAUCCUGGAGCACAAACCCAAGCCACCCCACACCGAAGACGACACCGGACCCACCCAGUGGGUGGCAGAAGAAAGAGCCAGCCAGAGCCCCCCACAGUCAUAGGGCACAGGCCUUGGAAGGGCAAGUGUGAGUGGUGAGUGUGACCGUGCAAAUACGACCAUGCCUCUACAAAGGCUAGAGGCAAACAAGGGUGGCCCAGAGACCCGGGCCAUCAGCAGCAAUCCCGGAGCACAAACCCAAGCCACCCCACACCGAAGACGACACCGGACCCACCCAGUGGGUGGCAGAAGAAAGCCCCAGCCAGGGUCCCCCACGGUCAUGGGCCACAGGCCUUGGAAGGGCAAGAUCGGCAGCUGCUGACCCAGCUAGGUACUGGCCAUCCAGGUCGGUUAGAGCGAUGAGUCCACGGCCCGAGAGCCCAGAGGCAACAAACUUGUUCCCAAGGCAGACGAUGUGGUGCUGGUUUACUUUUUAAAACCUUUAUAAGCUUUGUAGAAAUUCUUAACCUCCAUUAGUGACUUGAUAUUGCAUUUACAGUUGUAAAUUGAAUUGUUUGACAUAAUAAAAACCAAAUGAACAAAAAAAAUGAGGCUAUUUAUUUUUGUUAUCAAUUUUCAUUUAUACAAAAGUAAAAUGUACAUAUAAUUGUGUUUUUAAUGCUUUGCUAUGUUGCACACUCAAAUAAAAAUUUACUUUGCAUAUAAAGAAACACAUUGUUCCUUGUUAGAAAUGAAAGAAGACUACAGAUUCUUAGCAACAUAGUGAGGGAGAGAAAUUACUAACACAGGUCUCUAACUGGUACAAGUGUUGCAGCCACACCACACUUGUAAAUU